CGGCACAGACAGAGUCUCGCAAAACCCUAGGAACUCCCCGUCGCUGCCUGGUGCCGCCGGAUCUCUGUGUUAUCUAUUGCGGUACGUGUAAACGGAAACCAAGAUUCUCUUCUUUGUCUGCGAGCUCCGAUUUAUUCGGCUCCAUCCUUUGUGAUUUCGCUGCUGGUUUUUGUGUAGAUUUGCUUCUGUUUGCCUUGCCUUUCAGCUGGAACUUCCUUUUCUAGCAUAUUUGUUCUAGUCUUACACUCCGUGAGGUUCGAUUCAUUUUAUUGCUAAGCUAGCUAGCCCCCUUUGUUUUCUGGUAAUGGAAAUGAUGAGAGCCUCAAGUGGGUUUUAGUGAACUGAUUGGUUUUUGCUUGUUCUUGAUGUGAGUAGCUGGUUGUACUUAGAUUAGAGCAAGGGUCACCUGAGAUCUUCUUACGUUACUGACUGAUGCCUGCUUGAUUCCUUGAUUAGAAAAAUUCCUAGCUUUGUGGUUUUCCAAUGAGUUUCUGUGCUGAUGUAAUGGGACUAUGGGAUGCUGAUUGAGGUGUAACUGAUUGAUUUUUUCAUCUUAAAAUGAUGCUCCACUGCCUGCAAUCUAGUUAGUUUUAGCAUUACUGGUGACUUUUGUAUUUGUUGACCUAACCCUUUACCCUCCUCGAAAUUGUCUGUGGCAGCAACAAUGGUGAGAGUUAGCGUGUUGAAUGAUGCUCUGAAGAGCAUGUACAAUGCGGAGAAGCGGGGGAAGCGCCAGGUCAUGAUCAGGCCAUCCUCGAAAGUGAUCAUCAAGUUUCUUAUUGUCAUGCAAAAGCAUGGAUAUAUUGGCGAAUUUGAAUACGUUGAUGAUCACAGGGCAGGUAAAAUUGUUGUCGAGUUGAACGGAAGGCUGAACAAAUGUGGUGUCAUCAGUCCAAGAUUUGAUGUUGGAGUAAAGGAGAUUGAAGGCUGGACUGCUAGGUUGCUUCCUUCUAGACAGUUUGGAUUCAUUGUGCUGACAACUUCUGCUGGCAUUAUGGACCAUGAAGAGGCAAGAAGGAAGAACGUUGGUGGCAAAGUUCUUGGUUUCUUCUACUAAGCUUAGCUUGCUUGCUUGCUUCAGAUUUAUACAUGUGAGGAGUUGAGUUGACUUGUUCUGGUUUCGAGGAGUUUUGGCCUGUAAUUUUUGAAGGUGAAUUUGAUUGUAGGAUCCUUAUAAUUAUGUUUUAGGAUUUUUUCCAAGUUCUUGGUUUGUGGUUGGAGUGGGAGGGAACCAUCUCCAUGCUCCUCCAUUAAGUUGGAAGGAUAAAGAAUGUUUGUGCUUCACACUUGAUGUUUAUGCUCUGUUACUAAAUGUAUAUGAGUUGAAGUUUCAGUUUUGUGCUGCACUUACCUCCUGAUGAGUGAUGAUCUUCAUUGAGCUAUGCCUUCGAUCAAAAGGGAAGGGCUUUACGAUUAGUGCAUUGGUUUAUGAUGGUUGCCACCCAUUAGCAUAUUAAUCGGAAUUGUGUUUAUUCCAUUCCCGAGAACACCUAGUUAUGUCAAUUUGAUCCAACAUUUAUGAAUAAGAAAUAUCUCUGUACAAAUAGUUGCAAAUUUCGCCCAGAUCUAAUUAGAUUUGACCAGCGUGAACCGCGGCAUGUGUUGGGAGGAGCUAUCCUUGAAGAUGUUCAACAGUUUGCAGAGAGUUUUGAGUUUUGUUCUUGUUCCUAUUCUAAUCGCAGGUUUAACAGGGCCGCCCAUCUUGUGGCAAAACAAGCCCUUUCAUCGGAAGUUCGACUACUUGUCGACUUCCGCGUGUGGUUGCUCUCUGUACUCUAACUAUAUGACUGAACGAUUUUCGUUUGUCUAUGGGAAAAAAAAAAAUAGAUUUGACCAGUUCGAUUAAGAUUCAACCAGCUUGGCGACCCAGUAACAGACCAAACCAACAUUAAUCAUAUUCAUAACACUACUUGCAGGACAACGACCCUUGAUUGUCAAGUUACUAACAGAACUGAGUAGGUGGCGUAAUGACAUUCCAACACGAACACACUGUCUGUUCAACCAAUCCAACAGCUGAAAACCCUCUUGGUCUCUUCAAUUAAAACAAAAAAAAAAUGCUGCUCAAUUUAGUUUCUUUUUUAUACUGAUUCGCAAUAUUAUAGCUCAAAACAAGAGGAAUACUCUGUCGGCCCAAUAAACCUCUAUCCUAGUAAUAGUAAGGGGAACCAGGCAAAACCGUAAGGUCCUGCUCUACCCCUUUGGUUUGGAAGCAGAGAAACCUGACUGUGACAUUGAUUCACUACACACAUCCAAAUUAAAACUGAGAUUAACAAUAGCAACGAUACAAACUUAGAAACCUCCAAAAAACCACCAUCAAGACUUGUCCUGAUGACCUAUCCAGGCCAGCGACUGAACAAAAACCAGCAACACACAACAGUUGAUACAACUUAACAUAUUACUUUUUGCCAAAGGAACAUAGUUGCCCUAACUUAUGGUGUGUCUCCACACCACAAAUCAGCUUCUCUUCCGCCAUUCCUCCUUUCACUCUCCUGUAGUCUCAGCUGAAGCUCUGCAGCUCACAUUCUUCGGUACUCGAAAGAGGGAUGGGAAUGGGAUAGGGUUACUGGGUUGGACUCGUCAUAACAAGAUCAUGAGAAAAAGGAGCAAAACCCAGAACCUGGAAUCAUGGAAGAGAGACCCUCCAGGGCCUUGAAGGGUGAGGGAGGAAGGGAAGAUGAGAGGUUGGGUUUGUGGCCUUUUUGUAAGCUCCAAAAGGAAAAUGACUUGUGGGGGGUAAACUAAGAUUAAGGAGGUUGAUGGAAAGAGGAUCUUCUCAGCAUAUGCUCUUCUUUUGUGCAUGUCACCUUUUUCUUCUGUUGGGGUCUCUGUUUGCUUUUGAUGCUUUUUUUUUGUGUUUCCUUGCUGGCUAUGGAAUUUGUGGAAUAUACUUUCACAUAUUCCUUGUUAGUAGGUGACGAUGGUGUGUGCCACUCUGCCUACUAAUUCCCGCUCAGUCUAUUCAUAGUUGUUUGCAUGGUUUUUCUUGAUCGUGAUUCUAAUGCGGAUUUUGUUAUAAGUUAUCGAAAAAAUGUCGAUUUUGGAC